AUGGGCCUUAGUAGCGCAUCUGCUGAAGCAGCAACAGCAGCAGCAGCAGCAACAGCAGCAGCAACAGCAGCAGCAGCAGCAGCAACAGCAGCAAGCGAUCCUCGUCAUUAUAGCUGCUGCACUUUGCUGCUGCAGCUGCUCGGUGCUGCUGCUGCUGCUGCCGAGGCACUCUUGCUGCUGCUGCCAUCAAGGCUUGCAGACACCACAGGGCUGCCUGGUGCCCAUCUGCUGCUGCUGCUGCUGCAGCCGCUGCAGCGGUUGCAGCAACUCAUCUGGAGGACCCUAUUCGCCCCCAAAGUCCCUGAUGGUGAGCUGCAGCAGCAGCAGCAGCAACAGCAGCAGCAGCAGCAACAGCAGCAGCAGCAGCAGCAGCAGCACGAGGGACUGACAGGUUUUUCCGCUUAUGUGCAUUAUCCCUUUACUAGGAGGCCGUGUGACGUUGCUGCAGCAGCAGCAGCUCAGGAAGCAGCAACAGCAACAGCAACAGCAGCAGCUGCUGCAGCACCAACUUCAGAGCAGCUAUCUGCUGCUGAGGUAGCGCAGCAGCAGCAGCAGCAGCAACAGCAGCGGUGCUGUUCUCGAGUGUCUGGGCAGCUGCGGUAUUUAUACCGUUGGACCUUAUGGCGUAUUUAUAGUUUGCUGCUGCGCUCACUGCAGCAGCAGCAGCAGCAGCAACAGCAGCAGCAGCAGCAGCAGACUGUACCUCUCAAUUGCUGCUGCUGCAACAGCAAAUGGACGCAGCAGAUGCUUGCAAAUAUUGCUGAUAUAGAUAUCAGCAGCAGCAGCAGCAGCAACAGCAGCAGCAGAAGCAGCAACAGCAGCAGCAGAAGCAGCAAGGAAGGCUGCCCCACUGCGCUGUUUGCUCCUGUGUGCUAUCCUCCGUGUCUCUCUCCUGAGCAGCAGCAGCAGCUGCAGCAACAGCAGCAACAGCAGCAGCAACAGCAGCAGCAGCAGGACGACCUUCAUGAUGAUUGGACUCUUUUGCCGGACCCUUCGCAGCAGCAAGAUCAUCAUCACCAGCAGCAGCAACAGCAGCAGCAGCAACAGCAGCAGCAGCAACAGCAGCAGCAGCAACAGCAGCACCAGCAACAGCAGCACCAGCUGCAGCAGCAGCAGCAACAGCAGCAGCAGCAGCAGCGUAAGAAUAGGAUAAUAUCUGUAGGACAAUUUCGUAUAGAGAAGCAGCAGCAGCAGCAAAUAGAUAUAUUGAGGUGUAUGUACACCUCGUUCCCGCUGCUGCUGCUGCCCUUAACACAUUUAUUAAUAUGUGGAUCUAUAAGAGGGCAUGCAGAUUAUCUGCUGCUGCUGCAGUGUAGGGAGCACUGCAGCAGCAGCAACAGCAGCAGCAGUAGUAAAUGCAGCAGCAGCAGCAGCAGCAGCAGCAGUGAUGAAGAAGAAGCAGCAGCAGCAGCAGCAGUGUUGAGGGGAGAGACUGUGCUGCUGCCAGCAACUCGUUGUGCUGCACCAUUGAAUAUAUCUACUGUUGCUGCUGCUGCUGCAUCUGCUGCUGCAGCAGGAGGUGCAGGACCAUCAGGAGCAACAGCAGCAGCAACAGCAGCAGCAGCAGCAGCAAUAGAGACAUAUAUAGAUAAUAUAUUAUAUAAUAUUAAUCCUUUGUCUCCUUUUUGCUUCUUUCUUGUUAAUCCCCACACUUUGCUGCUGCAGCACAUGCUGCUCACGGCUAAGGAGGAGCACUUUGGCAUUGCUGUUGUGCAGCAGCUAGCAGCAGGUUGCUGCUGCGUUGCUCACUGCAGCGGCGGACCUAAGACAGAUAUUCUUGUUGCUCGUCCUGCUGCUGCUGCAGCUGCUGCUGCUGCAGCUGCUGCUACUGGUGGCGUGGCUGGUCCUGCCGCAGCUGCAGAGACUGUGCAUGGACGUCACCCGCAGCAGCAGCAUCAACAGCAACAGCAGCAGACUCAGCAACAGCAACAGCAGCAGCAGCAGCAACAGCAGCAGCAGCUGGAGGAAGCAAGGAGUUUGGCGCUGCAGUGCUGCGGCGAGUUUGGUUUCUUGUGUACAGACAAUCGGUCAUUUGCUGCUUGCUGCAGCAUAGCGCUGCUGCACCCUCCUGCUGCUGCUGCUGCAUCUCCUGCUGCUGCAGCAGCAGCAGCAGCAGCAGCAGCAGCAGAGGAAAUCGUAGCGCCUCUGCUAAAGAGAGCAGCACAAUCCCUCUCCCGAUUUGCAGCAGACGAAGCAGCAGCAGCAGCAGCAGCACGCGUGCUGCAGCUGAGGCCCCACACUAGCUGUCUGCCGCAGCAGCAGCAGCAGCAGCAGCAAAAGCAACAGCAGCAACAGUAG